CGCCGAGGAGCACAUCAAAUAAAGCACCAGGAGACUCUGGCAAGGUGUUUAGUCGGACUGCAAGGGGAAAAGGCGCCGCGAACGGACUGCGCUCUUUCUUCAACAAGGGAUAUUAUUCGCCGAAGUUUGAUUUGAGAAGAAUAAAUCACGUUACCUGGCGAGCAUACACUACUAGGAUUUGUUUGUGAACUUAAGAUGGGAUCGGGACCUGAAAUGGGAUGUAGUUUUUUCGUGGCGCUGCUUACAUGCGUACUCGUGCCGGGAUGCAGCGCGGAAAACGGGAAUAUUACCGUAGCGGUGCUGCUGCCUGACAAUCUGAAGUAUUCGUGGGCAUCGCCGCGCGUCCUCCCCGCGAUCCGGAUGGCGCAAGAGCGAAUCCAGAAGAGCGGACUUUUAGGGGGACACACCAUCAACCUUCUGAAUUACAGCACUGAGGAUUCGUCGGGUUCGUGCUCGGAAAUCGAGGCGCAGAUCAUCGCCGUGGACACAAAACUUUACAACAAACCGGACGCCUUCAUCGGACCCGGCUGCACGUACUCGGUGGCGUCCGUCGGGCGGUUCGCGUCCCACUGGAAGCUCCCUCUGAUCACCGCGGGGGGACCGGCGUACGGUUUUGACCGUUCGGAAGAGUUUAAGACUAUCGUCAGGACGGGCCCGACCACCACGAAACUCGGAGACUUUGUCCGUCAUCUGCACGCGUAUUUUAACUGGACCAGUCGCGCGCUGAUGAUCUACCACGACCUCAAACAAGACGACCGGCCUCAUUACUUCCUCUCCGAGGGCAUUUACUUGAUUCUGAGAGAGGAAAACAUCACCGUGGACGCGUUCCCUUACGAGUACCCCCAGACUUUAAAUUACAAAGACAUCAUCACGUUCAUAAAGGACAACGGGAGAAUUGUGCAUAUCUGUGGGCCUCUGCAGACGUUUUUCCAAAUGAUGAAGCUCUUUGAAGUAGAGGUGAAGAACCCAGAGGACUACGCCAUCUUCUACAUUGAUGUGUUUGCAGAGAGUUUAGGUGGCGAUGUUCCAGUGCCCUGGCAGGGUUCUGAGAUACAGUGGAAUAACCCCGUCAAGCUAUUCCAGUCUGUGUUCAUUGUAACAUACCGGGAGCCAGACAGUCCUGAGUAUACCGAUUUUCGCAGAGAACUCCACAAGAGAGCAAUGCAGGAUUUUAAUGUAAAAUUGGAACCCUCAAUGAUGGAUUUUAUUGCCGGCUGUUUCCACGAUGGUUUUGUGCUAUAUGCAAAAGCCCUCAGCGAAGCGUUAGCAGACGGCGUGUCCCAGAACGACGGAACCAACAUAACUCUGAGAAUGCAAAACCGCAGGAUCUGGGGGGUGACUGGCCUUGUUAGCACAGAUCAGAACAAUGCCAGAAACACAGACUUUAGCCUUUGGGGAAUGACUAAUCUGAAAACGGGACAAUAUGCAAUUGUUGGUCAAUACAAUGGGACCAUUAAAGAAAUCUUGUGGUCGCCAACAGAGAGAAUUCAGUGGCCAAAGGGUUGCCCACCCCUUGACCUCCCUCCAUGUGGAUUCUCACCCUGCAAGGAAGAUCAUAUUCCUGUCCUUGGAAUAGUAGCAGUUGGGUCCGGACUAGCACUGAUAAUAUUUGGAAUCUCUAGUUUUCUCAUCUACAGGAAACUAAAGUUGGAGAAAGAGUUAGCCGGGAUGCUUUGGAGGAUACAGUGGGAGGAACUGCAGUUUGAAAGUCCCAACAAAUAUCACAAACGCGCGGGCAGCCGACUCACUCUUUCCCAGAGAGGUUCCAGCUAUGGGUCUUUGAUAACAGCGCAUGGAAAAUAUCAGCUAUUUGCAAAAACAGGCUAUUUUAAGGGCAACCUGGUGGCUAUCAAACAUGUGAACAAGAAGAGGAUCGAGCUCACCAGACAAGUGCUGUUUGAGCUAAAGCAUAUGAGAGAUGUGCAGUUCAACCAUUUGACGAGGUUUAUUGGCGCUUGUAUCGAUCCACCAAACAUCUGCAUUGUGACAGAGUAUUGCCCCAGGGGAAGUCUACAGGACAUCCUUGAAAAUGAGAGCAUCAACCUGGACUGGAUGUUUCGAUACUCAUUGAUUAAUGACAUUGUGAAGGGAAUGAAUUAUCUGCAUAACAGUUACAUUGGCUCCCAUGGCAAUCUGAAAUCUUCUAACUGUGUGGUGGAUAGCCGCUUCGUUUUGAAAAUCGCAGAUUAUGGCCUGGCAAGCUUCCGUUCGUGUUGUGAAAAUGAAGACUCACAUGCAAUGUAUGCAAAAAAGCUUUGGACGGCUCCAGAGUUGCUGAUAUAUGAUAGGUAUCCGCCCCAAGUGACCCCGAAAGGAGAUGUGUACAGUUUUGGAAUUAUACUACAGGAGAUAGCACUAAGGAACGGCCCAUUUUAUGUUGAAGGCAUGGAUCUCAGUCCCAAAGAGAUAAUUCAGAAGGUGCGGAAUGGCCAGAAGCCAUACUUUAGGCCUACGACAGAUAACAGCCGACACUGUGAGGAGCUGACCAUCUUAAUGGAAGGCUGUUGGGCUGAAGACCCUGCCGAACGACCUGACUUCAGCCACAUCAAGAUCUUCAUUGCAAAAUUUAACAAAGAGGGCAGCACCAGUAUUCUGAAUAACCUGCUGUCCAGAAUGGAACAAUAUGCCAAUAAUCUGGAAAACCUGGUAGAGGAGCGAACGCAAGCCUACCUUGAAGAGAAGCGGAAAGCUGAAAAUCUUCUUUACCAAAUCCUUCCGCAUUCAGUGGCGGAGCAGCUCAAGCGUGGGGAGACUGUACAGGCCGAAGCCUUUGACAAUGUCACCAUCUAUUUCAGUGACAUAGUGGGCUUCACAUCAAUGUCAGCUGAGAGUACACCAUUACAGGUGGUGACGCUGCUGAAUGAUCUGUACACGUGCUUUGAUGCCAUUAUUGAUAAUUUUGAUGUAUAUAAGGUAGAGACAAUCGGUGAUGCAUAUAUGGUGGUCUCGGGUCUGCCUGUGAGGAACGGGAAGCUACAUGCACGUGAGGUAGCCAGCAUGUCAUUGGCUUUACUGGAACAGGUUAAAACCUUCAAAAUCAGACAUAGGCCCAACGAUCAGCUACGGCUGCGAAUAGGAAUCCACACAGGCCCUGUAUGUGCGGGUGUAGUGGGUCUUAAGAUGCCCCGGUACUGUUUAUUUGGAGAUACUGUGAACACGGCAUCCCGUAUGGAGUCCACAGGGGAAGCUCUGAGGAUACAUGUGUCUUCAGCCACCAAAGAGGUGCUGGAUGAGUUCGGCUAUUUCGAUCUCCAGCUGCGAGGAGACGUGGAAAUGAAGGGUAAAGGCAAAAUGAGAACGUAUUGGCUUCUGGGAGAGAAGACAGAUGUCUAUGUUAUCUGAGAGCACUGCUGAUGACAGGAAGUCACCAGGAUCAGAGCCACUUUCAUAAAUAUAUGUUUCAUAUAUUUGUUCUGUGUCUGGCAUGGAACAACCCAUUAUAAAACCUUUUGAGGGAGGUCAAUUCAGGUAUAUUUCAUACCUGCUUUAAAACUGCAAAAAUUGUAUAGUAGUGUUUUUUUUAUUUUACGGAUAUGUUUUCUUGUGGUUACGUACAUCUUUCCAGGUGAAAAUCUUAUUUUUUGUGCUUUCUAUACUCAGAUUUUUGGAGACUGGUGAAGUGUAUUUGAAAUUUUCUUAACACGUUUAAGUGCAUUGAAUGAUGGUUAUCAAAAAUCAGAUUGAAGUUUCAUCAGAAUGUAAUAUUUGUACAUAUGUAUAUCCAAGACAUUGUAAAAUAUUUUGUUCAAUAAACUGACAUAAAAGCAG